CGCCCGGCGACGCCAUCGCGAACUUGUGCAAAAGUGAAAAGGUGCGGAACGAGGAGGAACGGGGCGCCUAAGGAUAACGGCAGCAGGUCUCCAAAGCGUAAUGGGCCUCAGCGUGCCAGGUCUUGUUGCCAGCGUCCUCUUCUAUGCACUCAUCGUGGCCGUGGGCUUCUGGGGUGCCCGGAAGAGGCUAAGAGGGGGAGCCCGGACGAACCCAAGCGAGGACCUGAUGCUCGGUGGCCGUAGCGUGAGCCUUGCUGUCGGAGUGUUCACCAUCAUCGCCACCUGGGUCGACGGAGGUCUCCUCAGCGGCAUCGUGGAAGAGACCGCCGUGCGGGGUGUUCUCUGGUGCCAGACUCCUGUGGGCUACUCUGUCAGCCUCUUUGUUGUUGGAGCGCUCUUCUCGGGCCCUAUGUGGCGUGCCGGCCACGUGACCCUCUUGGACCCCCUGGAGCAGGCCAUCGGGAGCCGCAUGACGGCGGUGCUAUUCAUUCCGGCCCUGGCCGGAGAACUCUUCUGGUGCGGCGCCAUCUUGAACGCGUUAGGCGCCACGGUGAGCGUAAUCACGGGCCUUGGCUACGUGACCUGCGUGAGCGUAGCGGCAUCGGUGGUGGCGCUGUACACCUGCGUAGGAGGCCUCUACUCGAUCACGUACACCGACGUCCUCCAACUGCUCAUCAUGUCUUUUGGACUGUGGGUCACCCUUCCAUUUGCCCUGAGCAACGAUCACGUGAAGCCCCUGGGCAGCCUGUCGCCUGACCAGUGGCUCGGAACCAUGGCUCCAUGGCAAGUCCCCAGCUACGUGGACAGCUUCCUCAUGAUUGUCUUCGGGGGCGUGCCUUGGCAGGCUUUCAUCAUAAAUAUAAUAGUCUACGCUACCCCAUUCCUGCAACUAAAAAGUGAUGAACGUACCAAAAUUAACCUGAUGAUCAAGAGAGCCUACAAGCGACACCGCAGGAGAAACUUUUGA